GUCGACGGCCAACACGGUAUUGACUCCGACGCCGCCAUGGUUCGGUCCGUAGAACCACUAGUUGUUGGCCAAGUGAUCGGAGAUGUGCUUGACAUGUUUACACCGGCCACGGAGUUUACAAUCCGUUGUGGCGACAAACAAGUCACUAAUGGCUGUAAUGUCAAGCCGUCCGCCGCCGCAGAGAAACCCCAUGUUCAGGUUCUUGGUCUUCGGGCUUCUUCCAAUUUAUACACCCUCGUUAUGGUGGAUCCUGAUGCCCCAAGUCCAAGUGAACCCAAUUUAAGAGAAUGGCUCCAUUGGAUUGUUGUAGAUAUUCCGGAAGGAUCUGAUGCAACUAAAGGUAAUUGAUUUGAUUUGCAUAUAUACAUAAAAUUGAUUAUGUUGUAAAAUAUAUGCAUGAUUUUGAUGUGGAGUUCUGGUUGUGUAGGGAGGGAGUUGGUGGAGUACAUGGGACCACAGCCACAUGCCGGCAUCCACCGGUAUGUGUUGGCUCUUUUUAAGCAAGAGGGAGCGGUGAUGGGACAGACUCGGCUACCGGAUGGCCGUGGCAACUUUAGUACACGCCAGUUCGCUGCUCAAAAUGGACUAGGGCUUCCCGUUGCUGCUCUUUAUUUCAAUUCACAGAAGGAACCGGCAGCCAGAAAACGUUGACAUUUCUGCUUCAAUACACCUUUGUUACUUGAGCAGAAAGAAAUAUCAUUAUAUGUAAAUUAUGGCAUGACAUGUUGUUGCUUCAUACUUGGGAUCGUUACUCAGGUUUUGUUUUUUUUUUGGUUGUAUGAUUGUUUCUUGUUUACUUCAGCACAAGAUUUUGUGAUUGGUAUACAAUAAAAAAUUUACUAUUUA